AGGUAGUAUAGAGGCAGGCCAUUCUCAAUGACGGAGUACGCCAACAUGGCCGACGAAACGGACGAUGCCGCCUUUGGCGUAACAGUGGAGGAGCUGCGACAGUUAAUGGAACUCAGGAAACAAGAUGCAAUCAACGAAAUCAACGCAAAGUACGGGGACACUUUAGGACUAUGCUCGAAAUUAAAAACAUCGCCCACACAUGGUAUCAACGGCCUUCAGUUUGAUAUCCAGAGGAGAACAGAAUUGUAUGGCAAGAAUCAAAUUCCCCCUAAACCCCCUAAAACAUUCCUGCAGCUUAUGUGGGAGGCUGUCCAAGAUGCUACGCUAAUCAUGCUAAUGAUCGCUGCUGUCAUCUCACUUGGACUCUCAUUUUUACCAAAGUCUGAAUCUGAAGGAGGAGAAGCAACAGCCAGCUGGAUUGAAGGAGUAGCCAUUUUGAUUGCAGUACUGAUUGUUGUCUUGGUAACAGCAUUCAACGACUGGUCAAAGGAGCGCCAGUUCAGGGGCCUGCAGAACAAGCUGGAGUCAGAGCAUACAAUUGCUGUGAUUCGAGCAGGCGAUGUCGCACAAACAGUAGUCCAAGAUAUAGUAGUAGGGGAUGUAUGUCUAGUUAAAUAUGGUGACCUUUUACCUGCCGAUGGGGUCAUCAUCCAGAGUAAUGACCUCAAGUUGGAUGAGAGUUCACUGACCGGUGAAUCGGACUCUAUCAAGAAGGGCGUCGAACGGGAUCCUAUGCUCCUCUCUGUGUAUCCAGGUCAUAACUGGCCCACUGUGGUACAAGUGCUAGAUCAGGGGAGCUUGACAGAAGAGAUCAUCUGCUUACCAUCUUGUUCUCUCAUGGAUUGGUAUGGAUAUAAAGAAUUUUAUCCCCAUGAUCCUAUCUCAUUUAAGGUUUAA